AUGCCCGAGGGCAAGAAGCCCAAUCCCGAGUAUGGGACGCGCAAGUCUGGUGAGCCCGGCACCAGAGACUUCCGCAUCCACAUUGUCAUGGGAGACGAGCUAGUAUCGCCCUGGCACGGGAUACCUAUAUCUCCUCCCGAUAAUGAUCUACACGUUAUCAAUAUGGUGCUGUUGAUUCCGAGGUGGAGUAGUGUCAGAAUGGAGCUUGCGAAAGACGAGUUCCUGACCCCAAUACGCCAGUCUGUUAUUGAGAACCACUUAGAGUACAUUCCGAAUGUCUUUCCGUACAAAGGGUAUCCCUGCAACCACGGGGCGAUCCCACAAACAUUGCAGGACCCUGACCUCCUAGAUCCCGAUACCCACAUCCCCGGAGACUCUGACCCUCUCGAUAUAUGCGAGCUAGCGGGCAUGGUCGAUCAAACGGGAACGGUGAAACAAGUUAAAGUGCUGGGGGCAUUUGCCGUUUUACAAGAAGGGGUGACUGACUGGAAAAUCCUUGUUGUGGACGUUAAAAACCCGUUGUCUGAGAGAUUAGAUGAUAUUGAGGACAUCGAGCCUAAUGUGCCGGGGUACCUGGAUGCAAUGCAGGAGUGGUUCCGGUUCUACAAGGUACCCAAGGGAGGUGAAGAGAAUACAAUUGCUCUGAAUGGAGAUGUGGAAGGGAAAGAUUUCGCACUAUCCCUGAUUGCAAGGUGUCAUGAGAGCUGGAAAAAUAUGCCCACAGGCCACAACAUGGAAGGGAAAGUGUCCUGGUUAGUGAUAUUCGCACAGAACCCGAGCGCCCAUAAUAAUAAAGCAAGAGGGAACAUCCCCAGCGAGGACUAUACUCUCAUCCAGAGACUCAACGAAGACCUCGGCAAUGGAGUCAAGUUCAGCGACCAGAGCCAAGCAGAGAGUUAUGUUAUCACUUCUGCCACCUCCACUGGCCACCACGGCGAUCCUACCCAGAUGACGGCCCCAGUCUCAGCACAAUGGAAGUCUCAUGCUACUCCGAAUCAAACUCUGCAGUCAGAAACGCCCAUGAUGAACCACCACAUCCCCAGCAAACAUUGCUCGCGUCAGGUGCCAGUCAAAGCCUUCGCCCCUCCGCAGCAGCCCUACUUAUACACUUGA